AUGGUUGAUAUGAUGCUAAGUAAGUCGAAAAUUUUGUCUGAAUUCAUGGGAUUGCCGGAGAAUAUGAAUUUUGACGAAGAUUCGAUGCAUAUUUUGGCGUCGUUGUUGACAUUGGGUAUGAUGAAUAGUCAAUGCAGUAAUACUGCUAGCGUACAUGAAAGGAUUAAUGAACUUGAAGGUUAUAGAAUGCGUAUGCUUCAAGAAUCGACGAGGAUUAUGACUUUGAGUCUCGAACUACCUCUUACUAUGUUUCUUCUUAAUGGUGCUAUUUUGGCCGUCGAAAAGGAGAAGGAGAUACUUUUACACAAGACUACAAAACAAGAUGUAGCCGGUGAUAAUAUUCAAAAAAAACAAACCUGUUCUUCAUGUUUGGCUGACUUGAUCGAAGUUUUGAAGCCAACCAAGAAAUCAAUAACUGAGAAAUCAACGAAGCUACGUGAAAACUCAAGCGAAGCUUUGAUGCUAGAAGAAGACUCGAACGAAGCUUUGAAUUCAGAUGAAAACUCAAGCGAAGCUUUGAAGCUAAAUGAAAACUUGAUCGAAGGUUUUAGGGGAGGACAAGACUCGGGAGAAGUUUGGAAGCUACACGAAGACAGAGAAAGGAAACAUAAAGAAAAACAAGAUAUAGAGGAAGAAGACGCGGGGGGAUUUUGGGAGAGGAAUUUAUUUUCACUUGGAUCGGUUAAAGUUAAUGCAAACCCGGCGACGAGGGAGAAAAAGAGGAGACGAUGGACGUCGACGCUGCACAGUAAGUUUGUUCGGGUUACGGAAGAACUUGGAGGUCCCAAAGAAGCCAAGCCGAAGCAAAUCAGGGAGCGGAUGCAAACAUACGGUCUAACAAACGACCAAGUGAAGAGCCAUUUGCAGGUUGGUAUUUUCUUACAAAUAAACGAAGAUGGUGACGCCGGCGAUCAUCAUCGCUGA